AUGCAGGAGAGGGGAUUCACUCUCGAGUGUCCGAUCUGCUUUAUGUUCUAUCCCGGGAGUCUGAACACGUCGAGCUGCUGCAAGAAACCCAUUUGCUCCGAGUGCAAUCUUAAGAUUCGGCCGCCACGCAAGAUAAUUUCCUGUCCAUUUUGCUAUAAUGAAGGGUUCACUGUCCUGUACACGCCACUGACACCGACAGAGCUCACCUCGACCCACUUGUGA